AUGGGUACGCUUGUUGGCCACGUAGCCUCGGGGUUGGUGUUCCUGGUCAUCGGACUGUGGCAACUGUUCAACCAUAUCAAGCUCUACUGCCAGCACCCCAAGUCCUAUCGUCCCCCCAUCUGGUUCCCAGCGCCGAAAGUGAGACAUCUCGAGCUCUACUUCAUCAUGACAGGCAGCGCAAUCUACAUGAUAUUGGAACUCUUUUUCGCCAACUCCCGGCAUCACCCUCUAGACCCCGCCGACUGGACCAUCCCCUCUAACCACCUCCAUAACUUUGAGCACGCCACCAUCUCAUUUGCCCUCUUCAUUUACGCCGCGUUUGCGCUGCACCUAGAUCGGGUGCGCCUUAGAGCUCGUGGUGUGCUCUCCUUCCUGCUCGCAGCAUUCGCACUCACCAUUGAGCUGUUUAUCUUCUACCUUCACUCGACAGACCACGCCGGCGUGGAGUGGCAGUACCACUGGCUUCUACUGAUAGCCAUCGACGUGUGUCUGAUCACGACGGUGAUGGGGAUCGGCUUCCCGACCAGCUUCGUAGUGGGCUUCGUGAGGUCUGUGAGCGUCUGCUUGCAAGGCAUCUGGUACAUCAUCCUGGGUGUCAUGCUGUACACACCCAGGUUCAUCUCCAAAGGCUGCACCCUUCAGUCGGACGACGGCCACCUCGUUCAUUCCUGUGCGGACCACCUAGCGCUCCACCGCGCGAAGGCGUUGGUGAACCUCCAGUUCGCCUGGUGUCUCAUCGUCGUUGCCGCUAUCUCGCUCUGGUUCUACGUUUACAUGGCGAAGAAGUACCCGGAGGUACCCGAUUACGAGUGCCAGGCUGCAAAUGGUGACGAGGAGGACUACUUUUGUGAGUCGCCAAAGAAGAUGGACCUGGAAGAGAAGUCUGACAAUUUCCUUGAUGUGGGUAAGUUGUUCAAGCCAAAAGACUUGAAAAGGUAA